UCUUGACUAUAAUAAAUGGAUAAUACCACUCGGUUUGGUGAGUCUAAGCUACCUGUCUUAUCUCUUGAGUCCUUAGCAAGUUUUGCAUGAAUUUGGCAUAACUUUUUACAUUUAGUACAAACAAUGAAUACUACAAACAUUAGUGACACUCAGUCUUUCAGCGAGGACUCUCGGAAUUUGAUAUCUGGUGGUAUUUCAGGAAUUUGUUCUAUGACAGCCACUCAUCCUUUUGAACGAGUUAAGGUAAUGAGAAUUUUGGCGAUCCAAGAAAUUGCUGGAAAAAAUUUAUUCACUUCGAUCUACACGAUAGCCAAAAUGCAUGGAAUUCGUUCUGUCUUCAGAGGAAAUGCAGUCAGUUGUCUCAGAGAAUUCCCUGGGGCUGGACUUAUGUUUUACUUCUAUGAGAAGUUUAAAACGAUUUUAACUACAAAUAAAAAUCCAGAUGAUGCUGAUCUUCAAUAUCGAGUGCUAAGUGGAGCCAUUGCUGGAUUUCUUUCAAGUACAAUCACUUAUUGUCUUGAUCCAGUGAAGACUAUCAUGGCAGGCGACUUUGAAGGCAAGGCUGGAAACAUCAGGACCAUUUUGAAAAAUACAUACAUAAAGGAUGGCUUUAGAGGAUUUUAUCAUGGGUAUACAGCCACAAUGUGUAGUGUCACUCCUUACAUAGCUCUGAACAUGGCAUGUUUUGAUGUACUAAAGUCAAAAUUUGGAAGAUCUCCUGACUCACUUUACUUCUCAUUCGUAAAUAUGAUCUGAGGAUCAGUUUCAGGGGUGAUAUGUUGCUGAAUCAUCUUCCCGAUAGAGUCUACAAGGAGAAGACUUCAAGUCAAUGGUCAAGCACCAUUAUCCAAGCGAUAUAAUGGCCUAAGCCACUGAGUUCAGAAGGUAUAUAAGAGAUAUGGCAUGGCUGGAUUCUACUAUGGCUUGGUACCCACUUACUACAAAAUUUUUAUCAGCGCUGGAGUCAUGUUCAUGGUCAAUGAAAAGAUCAAACAAAUGUUAAAAACUUAAGGAGAGCAUAGUAUUGUUGUAAAAAUCUUGAAUUUCAA